UUAAAAAAACAAAGUUUUUUUUUCAGUUUUCGUUUCGCCAAAGUCGGGGGAUGUUGUUUUUCUCAAGUCUGAAACAAAAAGUAAUAAAUUAAUGUUAAACGUCGCUUAGUUACUCCUAUAAUCCUGUCUAGUAUGUAAACGUGAUUUUUGCCGAGUUAUUAUUAUGAAAUCUGCUCCGUAGCAGAGACAUUUAGGUGCAUAACCUCCAAUAAAUUGAAUUCGUCUUGUAUUUGUAAUAGGUUUCUUCACGACUGUCGAUAAGGUGUUUAACUCACUGUGUUCAUCUUUCCCCCGACUUUUUCCAUACGCGAGCGUGAUUCGGGAGUGCAAUACAUGCAGUGUUGACCCAGGAUGGAUGAUGCAGUGGCCAGUGGGGUGUGUAGAGUGUGUGAUGUGUAAUUUGAUUAUGGUGUGUUUGUGAGUGUGUGGGGCUACUGGAUUGCCAUGUCCAGGCUCGUGGACUACUUCGUGGUCGUCGGCUUCGACCACGAGAAGGAGAGGGGAGGCCUGAGCAGCGGCGUCAUCCUCCAGCGGUUCCCCGAGGUCAACUGGGAAGAUACUCCGUUCCACGAGGGCAUAGAAUGGUUCUGCCAGCCGCAGGGAUGGGCGCUGUCGUCGGAGCGGCAGGAGCCCAAGUUCUACGUGUCGGUGCUGACGGACGUGGACGCCAACCGGCACUACUGCGCGUGCCUCUGCUUCAACGAGACCGUCGCCAUCACGCCCACCAAGCCCGCCGACGAGGACGAGGAGUCCCUGGAGCCGCGGCCCGCGUCCAACAUCACGCACCACAGCAUCAUGUACGCGCCCAAGUGCCUCGUCAUCGUGUCCCGCCAGGACUACACCGACACCUUCCGGAACUGCCUGGGCAUAAUCUACACGGUGUGGAUCGAGAACCUGGGCGUGCCUCUGGAGACGCUGGUGGGCAACCUGGUGGGCUGCGUGGCGGUGGGCGGGGUGGGCGCGCCGCAGGUGCGGUUCAGCAUCGGCGCGGGCGACCGACAAGCUUUACAACCGCCGCAGGGCCGCGUGCCCGCCACCGGCACCAGCGUCGCUAUGUUACUGAGGCUGCUAGGCAUCCACAACGCAGUGACCCUCUGGUGCGCAGUAAUGAGCGAGCACAAAGUCCUGGUCGUGUCCCUCGCCGCGUGGCGCCUGUCAGCCGCUUGCCGCGCCCUCGCCGCGCUAAUGUUCCCGUUCCGCUACGCGCACGUGUACAUCCCGCUGCUGCCGGCCGCGCUCGCCGAGGUGCUGGCCACGCCCACGCCCUUCCUCAUCGGCGUGCGCCCGCCCAGCGCGCCCAGCACGCCCGACCUGCUGGACGUGAUAGUGGCGGACCUGGACGUGGGCUCGCUGCACGUGCCGGCCGGCGUCAGCGUGCCGCGGCCCGAGCCCGGCCUGCUGGCCGCCCUGCACACCUCACUCAUGCACGUGCUGCAGCCGGAGCUCCAAGCAGUGGACCUGGCGUUCCCGCCGCCGCCGCCCGCGCCCUCGCACCCGCAGAUGCUGGACAAGGAGAUACGGGCCGUGUUCAUGAGGACGCUGGCUAAACUGCUGCAGGGGUACAGACACUGCCUCACAAUGAUCCGCAUCCACCCGGCUCCAGUCCUGACCUUCCACAAGGCUCAAUUCGUUGGGCGGCGCGGGCUGGCGCAGUGCCAGUUCACGCAGCGGCUGCUCGACUCCAUGUUCUUUAAUGGAUUCGUGGCGGAGAGGGGGGUGCCUUGGCGGCCGGCGGAUAUAUGGGAUGAUCAUGUCACUAACCUCCCGGAGCAGCUCCGCCUCGAAGCCCUGGACCCGUCGCUGGAGCUGAAGCACAUCCAGGAGCUAGCCACCCAGCUGUUGUUGAACGAGUGUCCCAACCCCCAGCAGGCGUACCAACAGCGCAUCCUGCGGCCGCCAGAGGGCGCCUCGUCGCGCAUCCACCAGCCGCCCUUCCCGCGCCUCGACCCCGAGCGCGUGCGGCAAGUCAUAGACGAGGUGGCCGCCAAGAACAAGCACAACACCAAACUAUCAUCCGGCCGCACGCCGCAGUCCCGUAUAAUCCCGAUCGGCGCGCCGCCCUCCGGCGCCACCAGCGAGCAGGGGCAGCUGCUGCUCACCAACUCCGCCAGGAGACUGGAGGUCCUCCGCGCAUGCAUAGCAGCAAUCUUCGAGUGUCGCUACGCGGACGCCCGCAAGUCGUUCCCGGGAGUGCUUAGAGCGCUGCGGGCGCCGGCCGCGCGCGCCGCGCUGGCGAGAGACCUCGCCGCCAGGCUGCCCGGGAACAAACACCUGCUGCAGCAGCACCAGUUCGAUCUCAUUGUCAGACUAAUGAACUGCUCCCUGCAAUCAGCGACGGCUCUAGACGAGCACAGCGUGGCGGCGGCCAUGUUGCCGCUCGCCACCGCCUACUGCCGCAAGCUCUGCACCGGCGUCAUACAGUACGCGUACAUGUGCAUACAGGAGCACCAAGUGUGGACCAGCCAGCAGUUCUGGGAGGCGGCGUUCUACAACGACGUGCAGCGAGACAUCAAGGCGCUCUACCUGAACAGCCCCACGCACGCCCGCGCGCCUAGCCCUAGGGAAGACUCAGAGUACAUGUCUCUACUGAAAGCACAAGAACCGAGCGCGUUGGAGAUCGCCGCUGAGCAAAUGAGGCUGUGGCCCACCAUGGAUCCAGAGAAACAACGCGAGCUAGUGGCGAGCGAAGAGUCCACGCUGUACAGCCAGGCGAUCCACUACGCGAACCGCAUGGUGUACCUACUGCUGCCGCUAGAGGGCGCCUCGAGGAGACAGGACGCGCGGCACAUAGACAUGGACAGAGCUAGCAACAGCAUCACUAACAGCGUGGCAGAAUCUGACAGCGCGGACGGGGAGUCUGGCUUCGAGGAGGCGGAGCCGGGGGAAGCGGGGAACAAUGUCAUCAAGAUGGUCUCCAGGUUUGUCGACAAGGUGUGCACAGAAGGCAACGUGUCAGCGGACCACGUGAGGUGUCUCCACCAGAUGAUCCCCGGCGUAGUUCACAUGCACAUAGAGACUCUGGACGCCGUCGCGAGAGAGAGCAGAAGGUUGCCGCCGCAGCAGAAGCCGCGCAUAAUCUCGCCAGCGCUCAUCCCCGGUGAAGCUAUCUGCGCCCCAGCCCUACGUUGUUUCCUGGCGGGCGACGGCCGAGAAUCCGCGCUGCUGCCGGCAGAGGGCGCGCUGUUCCUCACUAACUACCGGCUGCUGUUUAGAGGAGCACCCACCGACCCGUUUGCCUGCGAACAAACCGUGGUCCGCUCGUUCCCGAUCUGUUCCCUGACGCGGGAGAAGCAGAUCCGCACCAACUACCUGCCGCACCUCGAGCAGUCUCUGCAGGAGGGACUGCAGCUCAGGUCGGCCACGUUUCAGCUCAUCAAGGUGGCGCUAGACGAGGAGGUGAGCAGCGAGCAGGUGGACACGUUCCGCAAGCAGCUGUCCCGGCUUCGGCACCCGGCCGAGACCAGGCUGCACUUCGCGUACGCCGGCCGCCCGCCGCCGCCGCCGCCGGUCGCCGCUAAACAUUCUACUUUGAGAGGCUUCGCCAAAAAGACCCUCCUCAAAACCGCCCGUCGCGCCGGCCUGAAGCCGAAGCAGUCCAUCAUGAGGCAGAAGUACGUGCUGGCGCCCGGAGACGCCAGGUCGCUCACCUCGCCGCCGCUCAUGAGCUCGCUGUCCGCCGACACUCUUAGCUUGGAAGACCUAGAAUCCGGCAGCGCUGAAGCCGAAACAGCCCACACGCACCUAUCAGACGCGCGGACGUUAGAGCGACUGAAGGACCGAAUAUACGCGCGCGACUGGCAGAGAGUCGGCCUGGGGCAGAGCCCUUUCCGACUGUCUCACGCCAACGCGAUCUAUACUGUUUGUCGAAGCUACCCAGCCCUAGUAGCAGUCCCAGAGGGCGUCAGCGACGAGUCUCUCCGCCGCAUCGCGCGCUGCUACCGGCAGGGGCGGUUCCCCGCGCUGGCGUGGCGGCACCGCCACACCGCCGCCGUGCUCGCCAGAUCAGCAGCUCCCCACCACAAGGGUGUGAUGGGCAUGCUGAAGUCCAGCAGCCACCCGGCCGCCGCGCCCGCCGGCGCAGAGACCACGUCCAGUCUGGAGCAGGAGCGCUACCUAGCGGCUCUAGCAGCGUGCACGCCGGCGUCGCGCGGCUCGCUCGAGGACUCGAGUUUGAGUCUCGACUCGCUCCUGCUGUGUUGCGAGGAUCCACAGCCUGCGCACACGCCGCUGCUUACUAAGGCUGCUGGCACACUGGGGGUGCUAGGCCGUAACUCGGGCGGCAAGGGCGGCGCUCCCGCUCGUCAUUUCGGCCGCUGGGGCUCGCUGAAGGGGCGGCAACCCUCGCAUCUAGACCUCUACGUGCCUAGACAGAGGCUGUCUACUGCUGACGUCGAUUCAGUAUCAGGAGAGAGCGCAGUCCGGCGGGCGUCCCUCUACGUGAUCACGGAGAGGGGGUCCCACGCCCACGGGCCGGGUGAACACAUCGGCGUGGAGUACCCCGACACGAGAGCGCUUAAACACUCGUUCAAGAAGUUGUUACGAGCGUGCGUGCCCAGCGCGCCUCAUACGGAGCCGAGCUAUUUGAAACAAAUCGAAGACUCAGGCUGGUUGUCCCAGCUGCGUCAGAUCUUCCAGCUGUCGGGCUGCGUGCUGGACCUGCUGGAGCUGCAGGGCGCCUCCGUGCUGGUGGCGCUGGAGGACGGCUGGGACGCCACCGCACAGAUAUGCUCUCUAGCCCAGCUCUGCUUAGAACCCUACUACAGAACCAUCGAGGGUUUCCGCGUGCUGGUCGAGAAGGAGUGGCUGGCCAUGGGGCACAAGUUCCAGCAGAGGUCCAACCUGGGGCCCGCGCCGCAGCAGGGGUUCACGCCGGUGUUCUUGAUGUUUCUGGAUGCUGUGCAUCAGCUCCAGAAGCAGUUCCCGCUGGCAUUCGAGUUCAACGGCUACUACACCCGCUUCGUGGCGUACCACACCGUGUCGUGCCGGUUCCGGACCUUCCUGCACGAUAGCGAGGCGACGCGCGAGCCCGCCGACAAGCGGGACGCCUGCCGCAUGGGUGUAGAAACAGGCGCAGGUUCAGAAGACGAAGCGUACGGCGGCGCAGCGGCACCGGCCAGCGGCCAGCACGUGUUCGACUAUAUAGAGCGGCUGCACCAGAAGACACCCGUGUUUUACAACUUCCUGUAUACACCGGACUUGGAUAACCCUGUCCUACGCCCCGUCUCGUCAGUCUGCGCACUAGAAGUGUGGGAGUACUACGUGAGCGAGGAGCUGAGCGGCGGCGCGCCCUACGACCCCGAGACGAUGGAGCCCGAGCCCCGGCCCGCCCCCGCCAGGCGCGUCGUCGCUAGCGGCUACGACAACAUAAACCGCUGCAUGCCCGACGCGUUCACCGGGCUCCUCGAGCGAGGGAGACAGCUGGAGCUGGAGCUGGGCCAUCUGCCGCAGAAGUGGCGGGUGCGCUGGGACCAGCUCGACCUGCCUAAUACCACGCAGCUGCAGCGCAACUCCUCAAUCUCGUCAGCCCUAGUCCGUCGCGCAGGGCGGGCGGCGCACAAGCGCAACACACUGGAAGUGCUGGCGCGGGGGCGGCAACCCGCGCCCCCGCCCGCCCCGCUGCACCGCUUCCAGCCCGCGCCGCUCGCCGCCCCCGCGUCUUGUGAUCAUUGUCUGGCGUUGUUGUGGCCUCCUGUUAAGUCGGGUGUCCGUUGCGCAGAAUGCGGAGCAGUAUGUCACGAGAGAUGCGCCGAGCUACUAGCCGCCCCGUGCCGCCCGCCCCCGCCCCCGCCCCGCGACCCGCGCCCCGCGCCCGGCAGUGCCGGAACCCUCCAGUCGUCCUCGCAGCAGUACUACGAGCAGUUCUCGAGCAACGUGGCGGAGAACAGCACGCACGAGGGGCACCUGUACAAGCGAGGCGCGCUGCUCAAGGGCUGGAAGCAACGAUGGUUCGUGCUUGACUCCAUCAAGCAUCAGCUGAGAUAUUACGACGCCAUGGAGGACUCCCAUUGCAAAGGAUUCAUUGACCUGGCGGAGGUGCUGACGGUGACGCAGGCGCCACCCGCCCCCGGCCCGCCCAAGAAGUGUGACGACAGAUCCUUCUUCGAUUUGCGCACGAGUCGACGCACGUACAACUUCUGUGCGAGCGACGCUACCGCCGCGCAGGAGUGGAUCGAGAAACUGCAGGCCUGCCUCCAGUGAACACCCUGUACAGCGAUCACAGUGAACUGAACACCUUGUAUAAUACAUCCUACCCCUUGGGAGCUCUAAGGAACAACGGUUUACAAAGAACAUUUCCAGAAAAUCUCCGCAAGGAAAGUAAAAUCUGAUAACCAAAUCUAUAACUUAAUUUAAAAAAUGUGGAGACCAUGGAAUCUGUGUCAAGUUGGUUGGCUGAAAACAUCCUAAUUGGAUUACCUAUGACACUUUAUCUAGCAUUUAUCAUAAUAUAUUUUAAAACAUGAGCAAUCGCUUUUGAUCAUGGUCUGUGUAAAUAGCGCUACAGUUUAAACCGUAGAUAUAAAAAUAUUUCAAAAUCCUAUAAUUACCACAUGAGAUUCCCCUGUAUCCACGUGGAUACAGAGUCGAGAAUGACUUCGAAAUUAGUUAGUUUGUUAGCUAGAACGUCUAUAUAUUUUAUUAUAUCGAUGUUAGUAGAGUGAUAGAUGUCUGGUACUAGUAUGUAGCGAGGGGAGAGGAGCGGGAGUGUAAGGCUGGGUCUGAUGAGCUGAUAACCGAAACCUUAACCGCAGAAAAUUAUUAACUGUCCUUUAAUUUUCUAUCCACAAAGUAUUUCAGAGCUACAAUUUGGACGGCAAAAUUGCAAUAAAAUGUAAAGUUAUAAACACUGCAAAUGUAAAGUUGUAAAAAU